CGUUUAGAUAAAGUUUCAGAAUGCCAUAUUGUUUCCUGCUUGCGUUUAAAGGUUUGUUCAGAAAGCUACUCGCAGGCCUGGUGUGACUAUAAUGUGAAUUCUCCAGCAACACCCUGUUAUAAAAGCCGACAGACUGUAACAAAAUGGCAGAAACACCAAAUUACAGUCUUGGAAGAAGAGAUAGUAUCGAUCUGCCUCCAUUUAUGGGUCUCAGUAAAAGUCUUCAUCUGACUGAAGAUUGCCAGUGUCCUGUGUGUCUGGAUGUGUUCACUGAUCCAGUCACCACUCCAUGUGGACACAACUUCUGCAAGGCCUGCCUGAAACAAUGCUGGGACAACAGUCAGGAUUAUAGGUGCCCAUUGUGUAAAGAAACCUCCAGCAAAAGACCUGAAGUAAAGAGCAACACAGUUCUUAGAGAAAUUGUGCAACUCUUUAUGGAAAGCACAAAGGAAGACCCAUUAUGCACCGGCGGUCCAUUGUCUGAAGAGCUCCAGUGUUCAGUGUGUCUGGAUGUGUUCAAUGAUCCAGUGACCACUCCAUGUGGACACAACUACUGUAAGACCUGCCUGGAAAAGUGCUGGGACUACAAUCACGACUGCAUCUGUCCAUACUGUAAAGAAACAUUUAGCAAUCGCCCUGAUCUAAAGUGCAACACAGCUCUUCGGGAGAUUGUGCAGCUCUAUGAGAAAAACACAGAUUACAAAAGGGAGCCAAUGGAGACAAAAUAUUCAAAGCCAUUUGGAACAGUCCAAGAGGAGCCUCUGUGCAAACCUUCAGGGAUGGCUUGCUCAUGCUGUGUCCUGACUGAAAACCCUGCAUGCUUCAUUUGUUUGGAGUCUUUAAUCGAUCCUGUGUGGACUCCAUGUGGACACAGCUUCUGUAAGGCCUGCAUCAAGGAAUGCUGGGAAAUCAGUCAUGACAGCAGAUGUCCAUGCUGUAAAGAACGCUUCACUGAGAGAGAAACUUCACUUCUCGAGCAGCUGCUGUCUCAUUCUGAGUGCUUCUACCAUGUGGAGAAUGUCGCAACCAUAAAGAAAGUCAUGAUGACUGACCUUGUGGAGGAAAUCAAUCCUAAAAUGAUCCAGAAGCAUGACAGAGCUUUGGAGAUGUUUGGUGGAGAUGAUUGUGUUGAGGGAGACCACAAAACAAACAACACUCUUUCUGCUGAAGAUGAGAGUGAAAAGAAGAAGGAUACCAAUCCUAAAAUAAUCCAGAAACAUGGAGUUUUACAGAUGUUCAGCGGAGAGGAUCAGACAUUUGAGCAUCGGUUUGACCACAAGAUCCACAAAGCUGUUCCUGUAAAAGAUGAGAAUAAGGAGAAGCAGGUGAAGAUACAAGAGCUUGUGCAGCAGAUGAUGGAGGGCACAGGGAAGAGAAAUUCUCUAAAGGGAGUCAAAUCCUCUGAAAUAAAAAGCACAAAAAACAACGUAAAAGAAGCAGCAGAUGACAUUGAGCUCUGCGCUGAUCUGAAUGACUCCACAGAGAGAUGUCAGAUGAUGCUUUCUGAGUGCUGGAUGAAGACAUCUGGAUGAAAAGUCAUUUCUGCUUUCAUCCUUUUAGAUCGACGGGAUGUGCUUUUUGCAAAAAGUAUAAAAUCACUGUAUUGCAAGUUCUUUUAAGCUUGCAGACAAAUUCAAUUGCUUCUUUUAAUCAAUAAUCUCAACAAUAUUUUCAGAAUAUCGUUUUUGUAAAAAAAAAAAAUACAUAUUAUCUUAUAUAUUAGAUGCUAAUGGUUUAAUCUGAUUCAAUGAUUUAUGCUAAGCUAAGCUAAAAGUGCUCCUGCUAGACACGGAGAUCGGCUGAAUGGAUUCAAAAAUGGUCAAACUCCCUCGAGGGGACUUUUACAAUGAGCCUAUUUCCAAAAAAGGAGUGUUCCUUUAAGUUAAUCAUUUGUAUGUUUUGAUUAGAGUGUAUACACUGGUUUUUGGCUCUUUCCUUGCAUUCCUGUCUAUUGACGAGAAAAAUUAGUUCGACCUUCUGCUCAACCAACUGGACAUCACCCAAUCAAAGCUCCUGUUUAUCGACUAAGGGCUGGAAUUUAAGCAUGCAGAAAGAAGACAAUUGUUUCAUAAUCUACUUUGUAAACCUUUAUUUCAUUAUUUCCCUGAUAUUCCAUAUCUUUAAAUCAUAACCAAAUAUUUUAUUAAAAAACUACUGUAAUCUUGUUUUUAAAUACAUUCUGAGAAUUAUGUUGCCUAUUCAGUGACUUUUGAAAUAUUUUUAGAAAUGAUUUCUACAUGAAUGACUGAAAAUGUAUUAAUUUUGUACUAUUA